UGGUACGAUUGCAAAUUCGGAGAUGAGUACCUGACCAUGGACAUACUGCUUGUAUAAAUUCUCUUCUUCAGCUUUCCUUUUAACGCAUCAUCGUCUCUCUGCUUAUCUUUGUCUAAACUAAGUCUCACAGAAAAGUCCAGAAAAUGGCGCAAAAGAGCAAGAUUCUGAUCAUCGGAGGAACUGGGUACAUCGGAAAACACAUAGUGGAAGCCAGCGCAAAGUUAGGUCACCCAACUUUUGCUCUUGUGAGAGAAUCCACUCUCUCUGGCCCUGCCAAGGCCACUAUCGUCGACAAGUUCAAGAGCCUUAGCGUCAAUUUCCUCAUUGGAGAUUUGAACGAUCACCAGAGUUUGGUGAAGGCAAUAAAGCAAGUAGAUGUGGUGAUUUCCACAGUAGGUCAAGGUCAAGUACCUGAUCAAGUGAAGAUCAUCGGUGCCAUUAAAGAAGCUGGGAACAUUAAGAGAUUCCUCCCUUCAGAGUUCGGAAAUGAUGUGGAUCAUGUUCAUGCUGUUGAGCCAGUAAAAUCAGCGUUUGGCGAUAAGGUUAAAGUCCGACGAGCAAUUGAGGCUGCAGGAAUUCCAUACACCUAUGUGGCUUCCAACAUUUUUGCUGGGUAUUUGCUUCCCAGUUUCAACCAGCUUGGAGCUACAGCUCCUCCAAGAGAUAAAGUGGUCAUCUUGGGUGAUGGAAAUCCCAAAGCAAUUUUCAACAAGGAAGAUGACAUCGCCACCUAUACUAUAAAAGCUGUGGAUGAUCCAAGAACCUUGAACAAGAUCCUCUACAUUAGACCUCCAGCCAACAUCUAUUCUUUCAAUGAUCUUGUGUCCUUGUGGGAGAAGAAGAUCAGCAAAACCCUUGAAAGGAUCUAUGUUCCUGAAGAGCAACUUCUCAAGAACAUUCAAGAGGCGGACUUCCCAUUGAAUGUAAUAUACGCACUUGGUCACUCGGUGUUUGUGAAGGGAGAUCAGACCAACUUUGAGAUUGAGGAAUCAUUUGGAGUAGAGGCUUCGGAGCUUUACCCUGAGGUCAAAUACACUACAGUUGACGAGUACCUUAAAGCGUUUGUCUGAGUCUUUUUGAAUUAAUCCCAACAUAAUCACGCAGUUCCAGUCUUCGACUUCCUUUUCCUGGUGUGAAAUUUUAGUUUUAUUUUUCUUUAUUUAAUGUUUUUGCCUUUCAAUGGAUUUUUUUUUUUUGAAAUAAAAUGUUAUUCUUAUAACAUUGAUGAGAAAAGCUUAUUUUGAUA